GAGCCAAAGGGGGAGGGGACCGGGCCGGAGGUAGGGAAGGGGGGGACGGAAUCCCGCGCCCGAACAUGGCCUCCUUCCCUGCGGAUCCCGCAGAGCCUCCCGGCCGAGGCCCGCCUGCAGCAGAGUCGCCGGGGGAGGACGAGGAGGAGGAGGAGGAAGAGGAGGCGGCGGCGUCGCGCAAACUUCUCCAAACUUUGGUCGCCGCCCCGCCGUCGCCAGGCACCCCUCCGCCGCCGCCGCCUCCGCCUCCUCCUCCUGGCGGCGCGGGGGCUGGAGGAGGCGAGCCGGAGGGCUGCAGCGGGUCGGGCUCGGAGGAGGCGGCGGCGGCGGCGCCCUCCCCCGCUGCUGCCCCGCCGGGGGCGGCCCCUCCGCGCUUCUCGGCCGAGCAGGUCUCGUGCGUGUGCGAGGCGCUGCUGCAAGCCGGCGACCCCGGGCGGCUGGGGCGCUUCCUGGGCUCGCUGCCGGCGGACGAGGCGCAGCGGCUGGAGGCUGCGGCGGGCGCGGCGGGCGAGAGCCUGGCCAAGGCGCGGGCGCUGCUGGCCUUCCAGCGCGGGGACUUCGGCGAGCUCUACCGGCUGGUGCAGAGCCGGCCCUUCGGCGCGGCGCACCACCCCUUCCUGCAGGACCUCUACCUGCGCGCCCGCUACCGCGAGGCCGAGGCGGCGCGGGGCCGGGCGCUGGGCGCCGUCGACAAGUACCGCCUGCGCAAGAAGUUCCCGCUGCCCGGCACCAUCUGGGACGGCGAGGAGACCGUCUACUGCUUCAAGCGCCGCUCGCGGGCCGCCCUGCGCGACUCCUACGGCCGCAGCCGCUACCCCAGCCCCGAGCAGAAGCGCCGCCUGGCCCGCGACACCGGCCUCUCCCUCACCCAGGUCAGCAACUGGUUCAAGAACCGGCGGCAGCGCGACCGUAGCGGAGGAGCCGGAGGCGGAGGCGGCGCGGGCACGCCCAGCAAGAGCGAGUCCGACGGGAACCCCAGCACAGAGGAUGAGUCCAGCCACGGCCCCGAGGAAACCGAAGCGGCCAUGGGGCUUCCGGCGACUCCCGAAGGGGUCCCAAACUCCAGCAGCCUUUUCCUGCCGGCCGCCUGCUCCAGUGCCUCUUCCAUCCUUCUGAACGGCAACUUCAUCACCGCCAGUUCCCCGACGAUGCUUCUCAACGGCGGCUCCGUUAUCCAGACCCCCAACGGCGGCGUCAUCCUGAACGGGCUGGCUCUCGGGGAUAACCCGACGGUCACGCUCAGCCCUGUGGCAGCACCCAGCCCUCCCGUCCUCCUCAACGGCGCCACCACCCUGUUGAGCAGCAAAACGCCAGCGCCCAGCAGCCAAGAGGUCCCCAAAGCUCACCAGGAGUCCCUCCCGCCGGCUGCUGUCAUCCUCAGCCCAGCCACUCUCCAAGGGGAGGUGAAGUCGGAAACGGCAGAGCCUUUGUCGUUUGGGGUGGAGGUGAAGUUGGAGGAUGGGCCCGGGCCCGUGCCGCCUCUCUUGUCUCUCCCAGAUGCCUCCACGCUUCUCUCCGACCACAAGGGGACGCUGCUGACCCCUGUCUCGAUGUCUCAAGUGGUCCCAUCAAACGAAGAGGCCCCCAAGGCCACUCCGCUGCCCUCUGCCGCUCAGCCAGCAGCCACAUCCAGUCCCCAGAUGGUCCCCCUUGCCAAACUAGUCCCCGGUACUCAGGCCCUGGCCAGUCCCCAGGUGACUGUGGCCACAGUCGGUGGCCAGGUAUCCCUGGCCACGCCCGCUCCAGCCACCACGGCAACACCGCUGCUCUCCAUCCCGGCAUCUUCUCCAGCCCAGGCUACAGUGCUCCACGUUCCUGCCCCCUCGCUGGUCCCCAUGGCCCAAGUGUCGCCCCCCUCCCAGGUGGUCCCUCUGUCCCAGCCAGUUUUGGGGACUCAGGUGCUCUCCCCGUCUCAGCUGGUGCCUAUGUCCCCCACGCAGAUCUACACGGUGCCACAGGGGGGCCCUGCCUCUCAGCUUGUCUCCCUCCCCCAGGUGGCCCAGGGGUCCCAGAUUAUCUCCCUGCCCCAGGUGGUUCCCACCUCCCAGGUAGUGACGCUGCAACAGGGCAUGGGCAGCCCCAUCCAGAUCCUGACCAGCGCUGCCCCCAUCAAAAUGGGACCCGUGGCAGGAGCGCCCCAAGCAACAGUGGCCGGCGGGAACUUCACCCAGGGCAACGUGCAUCUCAUCAACACGAAUGUGGGCAUGACGGCCCUGCAGCUUUCAGGAUCCCAGCCAGGGAACAUCUUCUUGACCAAUCCAGCAACAGGCAGUGGCACCUUCGUCACCGGCAUGGCCCUUCAGCAGGGCAAACUCAUCCUGACAGCCACCUUCCCAGCUGGCAUGCUGAUGGCGCCCGUCCUCUCUGCCCCAGCUGCCCAGACCUUGGCCCUCCCUGUCAAGCAGGAAGUGUCGGUGACGGCAGCAGUGGCUCUGGAGGGCAACGAAGGCGGUGGUGGCGGCGGCGGCAGCAGUGUGAUGCUUCCGGGGGUUACUUCCAUCCUGCCUUCCGGGGUCUCCCCGCUCUCAGCUCCUGACGGCCCUGGGACAGCCAGCUUGGCCUACAGCACAGACACCGGCCAGGCCAGCCUCCUUUCAAACUUCUCCCAGCAAGACAGCCUGGCAAUGUCCCAGCAGUCGGUGGUGUGGUCCAGCCCUGUUGGCAUGGACCUCCAAGGAGCCGGCUCCGAGGGGCUGUUUGAGAUGGACAAGAGCCCCAUGGAGGAGCAGAGUGGCCUGCUGCGGCUCCCGGAGGGCGAAGGCCUCUUGCUGGACGCCUCUGGUGGCGACCCCAUGGAUCCGGAAGCGCUGGACUCGGAGGAGAAGGUGCUGACGCAGCUGCAGUCGGUACCCGUGGAGGAACCGCUGGACUUGUAAAACCAGGAGGGGCUUCAGCAAACCUGGCUGGAGGGGAGGGCCUGGCCUUGCUUGCGGGACAGUCUUUUUUGGAACUCCUCGUAAGCCUUUGGCCCUGCUCCAGCCAUCUGGCUGGGAAUGUCAGAAGUGCCUUGUUAAGGGAAACCCUUUCCCACAUGUGUGAACGCUCACCCCCUGCAGUCAGGGCUCUGUCCUUCAGGAGUGAACAAACACUACAGUACAGAAACGGAGCAAUUUCACUCGGAGCAAUUUCACUCCCCGCACCUCAUAGACUCAUACUCUACAUUGAGUCAUGUAUAGCUGCCUGUCCAGCACAUGAGCACCACCUUCUGGCUGCCAGUAGAGUAGCAAGCACUAUCUUCACUUAGGCCAGGGGCGACCUUCCUUCACAACUGAGCUCGAGGAUUAGGGUCGGGAUGUUGUUCCUAAAUAUUCUACCGAAUAGAAACUCUUCUAGUACCUUCCAAGUUGUGAUGCAGCAUAAAAAAGUUAGGCAUUUUCCAUUAAGUGGGAGAUUGGGGAGCACUUAUACCACAAGGAGAACUUUCCUUUCCCCUUAACCAUGGUGCUAGGGAAAGGGUUUCAGUUGCUGGUCUGAUAUCCCAAAUCCCACUUCUGAGGGGUAGGAGAAUAUCCUGCUUCCCAGUGCCUGUUCCAGUGACAGAGUUGCUGGGCUUGUACCCUGCUGGGGGAAGAGGUUUUGUGCUUUGUUUCUCGCCUGCUUUUAGUCCUUUAUUAUCUCUGCAAUCCUAGAGAAUUAAUGUGUGUUUCCGCCAAGCAAAUGUAUCCCUGUUCUGUAUUGGAGCGCUUUAACUCUAGAAAACAAUGCAGACAGUCCUGCAGUAGGAACAACUGGUUCUAGUCCUCCAGGGCAGAAAAUCCUGGCUAGAGUGGUGUGUUUUUAAUGGGCCUAUGCUUUGUCUGCAGACAAAUGCAGUUGGGAGAACAGAAGAAAGCCAGGACUAAUCACAUCCGUUGUGCAUUAACAGUACAGAAAUCAAUUUGUUGAUCUGAGAUUGAAAUUAGCAGUUCUACAAUUUCGCAGGGGUGGACAGAAGGUAGCGUGGGAUUUACUGAUAGAUCUGUGUGGGGCUUGUAACAGGGUUUCUGAUUCCACAGUAACUAAAAGAUCACCCCCUGUAGUUAGAUUAGGCAGUUGAAACUCAGAAUUCUGAGGGGAGGGAACCAGGAGUGGAUUUUUGUGUGAAAGGACUAUAUGAGCUCAGUUCUGGUACUGAAAACAAAUUCCUGGGCUAAAAUGUUCAUAGGCACCCUGGUCCUGAAUUCCAUCACGCACACAGAAAGACAAGAGUGGCAGGUCUGUAUAACCUUUCUGCCUUAACUGCGUGCUGCCCCCUUGAAAUCUUGUUAACUUGAGUUCACCCCCAAACUUCUCCAGGGCUAAUAUUUCGUUUGUAAGCUCCAAAUUCUAAAAUUAGUGAAUGAUCUGCCUUUUUUUAGACACGGAAGAAAUUCUAUAUAUAUAUAUUUAAUAAUAUGUGAAAUAAUACCUGUUUUUAGAAGAAGAAAAGUCAUUUGAAAUCCACUUCCCAUAAUUUCUGUAACCCGGUGGCAACUCUUAUUUUAUGUAUUUAAUGGUCUUCUUUAUCAUGAGGGAUAAAAGAAAAAAAAUGAAGUUGUUAUAUUUAAAAAAUGUAUAGCGUUUUCUCACACUACAUUCAAGUUGGGGGAUCUUAAGCACUCUGGCAAUGGAUAAUGUUUUCACAGAUGUUGGUGGGACCCUGGAGCAAUUGAAGGAGUCGAAAGUAUUGGUCCUGUCUCAGUUGUGGAUCAAACCUGGAACCUUUUUCAAUAAAAUUUGGCACCUGCCUCUGUAGGAGGGGCAGGUUGGAAAUGGGAAAACAUCAGCUUUCACAGAGUGACUGAGGUUCCUGAAAUGACCCAUCACACCUUUCCCAUAUUAUUUUCUAUAAACAUCUUACUUUCCCCCCUGCAUUCUUUUGAAAGACAAGGCUUCUGCUUCUGAUUGCUAACCUGCUCCUAUUUCAGAAUUGCUCAGUCUGCAGUCCUUCCACAAAGCGUUUCACCAAGGUUGGAUGGUCCAUCCUAUUUGCUCUCCAGCCUGUGCCAAUCACUGAGUUCUGUUUUAAAUAAAUGGGAAGAUACUAUGGCUGACAUCUACAUGGAGAGGAAUUCCAUCACAACUGCAGAAUUACGGAUUAGCUGUUCCUUCCCUUUGACUGUCUUCUCUAUGAUGUUAUCUACACAGAGCAUUUCAGUUGUCGGAAUGAGCCCUCCUCUCUCGCUCUCCCUCUUCCCAACCAGGUACUUAAAGCAUCACCUCCCCACUCCCACUCCCCCACCCCCACAGUUUGUGAGGAACAAUCAUUUCUACAAGAUAUUGUUUAUAUCUUUUCUUCAAUUUUUAAUGCAUAUUUGUGUCUUUUAUAUAUAUAUAUAUUUUAUAUAUAUAAAUAUAUUUUAUCCUAAAGCUC